CAACAAUGAACAAAUCGUCGUAAUUACGCCGUAGCGCCAUGAAAUCCAAAUCCAAAACCAAAUCCAAUCAAGAACGACCAUAAACAGUGGCCGCUCAACCAGAUCUGAUCUCCGCCAUGGAUCUACCUCAAUUUCUUUACCAUCAACGGGAUCAAUCCAGGUACAUCUCUCCGUCUUCCUCCGCCCCCCCUCUUCCUCAUCCUUUUUUCCCCGACGAUCCCAAUUUCCACUUCCCUCCCAAUCACCACCACCACCACCUUCAUAAUCAUCCCGAUCAACCCCUAGAUUUCCCUCUCCCGCCACCGCCGCCACCGCCGCCGUCUUCGUACCGUCAUCUUCCCAUUCAUCCACCCCCAUCACCCGCGCCUCCGCUUGGUUAUAAUCCCUCUCAACCCCAAUUUGUUGUUUCUUCGUCAAUUCACGACGACCAAUUUCGAUCUCCGCCCCGUCGUCGUGAAUUUCAGCGUUCCCCUCCGCUUUCUAGUCGAAUCGCUUUCGACGGAGGAUUUGACCGUGAUUUUGUUGACCUCAACCAUUCGUAUCAUGACAGUCGAUUUGAUGUUUCGGAUCCAUCCAGAGUCGCGGUGGAUAAUCGACCACCAUUACCGCGUUCUCCUAUUGAUCUUGACCAUGGAACGAGGCACCGAGAAAUUGAUCACAGAUCUGGGAUGCCAUAUCCGCCCCCUGAUAUGUUUAGGUAUAGUUCAGGUAAUAGUUCUAGGCGGGGUGCGGAUUACAAUGAUAGUUUUCAGACAAAUCCAAGAGAAGAGGUGCUACGAGCACGCGGUGAGGAGAAUUAUUAUCUCCACGAUCAGCUUAAAGAAGAUUCCAACGUUUCCUGUAUGGAAUCUGGAGCCUCGCAGAGUCCAUUGUCUAGAGGUAACAAAUUUACUUCAGGAAGCUUUGAUAAACACAGGUCUGGCUCGAAUUAUGAAAGGGAAUCUUUUAGGAGUCGUAGGAGUGGUAAUGUAGUGGGGAAAAAUCAGAGAUGGGUUCAUAGCAAACAGACCUUUAGGAACAUGCACAAUUCGUACUCAGAUGGAAGUAAUGAUAGAGGACAUGGUGACCGUAGUGAUUUUCGAUUUAUAUCUGGAAAGCAUGGCCAUUCUAAUGCAGAAUUAGGAAAAUAUUACAAUGACAAUGAGGUUAGUAUAGAAGGUUAUAAUGAGUACACGUCCACUCCACGGAAGCAAGUACAGAAAAAGAGUGCUUUUCUUAGAAUUCAAAUGGCAAAUCCUUGUCACAGUAACAGAGAGAGUGAGCAAGUACGUGAUUCUGAUUAUUUUGAUGAGAAGAACAGUUUCCUCAGAGGAAAAAAUCAGGUUGGAUCUCUAUGCUACAGAAUGGAUUCAGGGAAGAAGAGAGAGGGAAGUCCCAUGGAGCUUGAUGUUUCUUUUAAAUCCAAUUCGUUGGUGGCCAAGGCAAUUGUGGCACCAACACAGUCUGCUCCUAUUUCAGAUAUGGAUACAAUGCCUGUAAACGAGAAAACUACAAAUGUCUUGGUUCCUCACCAUGACUCUACUGACUCACAUUUAACUGGACAGAACAAGGAUGAUUUAGGUACAAAUGAUGUUACGAAUCUUGCCACUUGUCCCCAAGACUUUAAAAUCAAGCUGAAGGAUUCAGAAGAGAAGGCUAUAGGUCCAUUGGCUGGUGAUGAAUCUAAUAAUUUAAAGGAUUCUUCAGUUAAAGGCAAUUAUUCGCUUAGAAAAACUAACGUUGAAAGGCCUUCACAAGGAAAGGUGUCAGAUGUAGAAGGGAGGAAUGUUUCAGGAAAAGCAGCUACAGUGAGGAACAUGAAGAAGAAAAAGGUUGUGAGGAAAGUAGCGAAGAAGGUAGUAAGUCCCCAGUUGUGUUUACAGACUAGAAAAGGUGAUGGUAACCCACAUGUGAAAGUAGGUAGUUUGACAAAUAUUCCCCCAGUUGUCACCGAGUCUGAUCAGGGUUUAGAAGUUUCAGAAAACAAGAUUUCUACAUCUGGAAAGAACUUAGACCAUGGUUUUGUAUUAAGAGCUUCUCAGCAUGAUAUGUCAGGAUCACUAGAUAAUAGAAAAGCAGACCAAUCUGUCCUCCCUGUAGCAUCAAAAGAAUGUCAAGCCAACACUGUUAUGGGCAUGGAAUCUGUACCUGCAGAUAAGACUAAUAAAAAUAGGUUAGAUUUUCCAUUAAAUUCCCUGAUAAAACAGGGAAGUGGAACUAGUGAUCAUCUUGAGACAAAUGGUUCUUCUACGGCCAUUCCACCCCUUUUAAAUUCUAAUAGGGAUCUUAAAUUACGAAAUGGACAUAAUGAGUUUGAUUUUGAAAUUACUAAAGGGAUUGAAAUGUCGUCAGUUGAGAAUGUAUUAGGUAAAGAGUCUAAAGGUACCAUGUUUUUUCUGGCAGGCAGUCAGUCUGGAUUAUUGAGUCAUCUACAUGAUGAUCUUGUUAAUGGAAAGAAUUUGGCUGUUAGCAUAGGUUCUCCCAUGGAUUUUAACAAUGGAGUAACUCAAUUUCAAGAUAAUACUCCACUUUCUGAAACUUGUUUUGUUGAUGGAAUUUGCAAGCAGCUUUGUGCAAAUAAGGUGGCUGGUCCUCCUGAGACUGAUGUUGUAGGAGUACCUGCAGCAAAAGUUACAAUUAGAAAUUCUUUGGUGAGUGUAAAUCCCGAAGCAUCUGAGAUGCAGAUUGAUUCCAUAAAUUUGGAAAAAGAUAGCAGUGGUGACCAUCAUACUAAUCAGAAUUCAGAUGACUGUCGUCAUUGUACUAAUAUACUAGUGGAUGAGGUUCUUAACUGUGAGAGGAUUGGUAUUACGAGAGUACAGGAAUCUUCGGGUAGUAGUUCUGUUUCACUAGGUCUUAGUUUAAUAGAGAGAUCUACCAAAGCCGAGGAUUUAAUACUAAGUGAACAAGGUGAGAAAUUGUUGUCUAAGGUGAGCAAACCAGAUUUUGCAGGUCCUGUUGACAUCAAUCAAGAAACUAAAUCUGAGAAUUUAUGUGUAAGUUUCAAUUCUGAUGGUCAUUGCCCUUCAGAGCAGGAUGUUUCAGGUCUUGAAAGCAUAGUAAUGGGGGAAAAUUCUACCACCACUGGAGAGAGUGCAAUGCAUGAUUACACUUCAUUAGGUAAGUCGUCAAAAAAUAAAUUGUUGAUGGGUUUUGACGUUGAUGAUAGAGGAAAUGAGACAUUGUUGAAGUCUCGAGAGAAGCAAAAAAUAUGCAUUGCUAGUCCUGUUUUGCCUUGCCCCAGUGCUGAAGCUAAUGAUGGGGCUGCAUUUACAUUCAUUUCUAGUUUAAGUGAUCAGCUAAAUUCUAAUGGUGAAUCAAUGGAAGGAAAGGAGGCUGCAGCAUCCACUAGGGAUGCUCUUUUCACAGCUAAUCCUGUUUCUACAGAUUGUUUAAAUGGGAUCAGCAUGAUGCUCGAUGAUAUACCAACAAAAGAAAUUGCCAUAGAGGUCAAUAUUGACAGAGACCCCUUAGAGUGUCUCUUGAAAUAUGAGCAGCCUGAGAAAAACUCUUGUUCAAUCCAGGAGGAGUCGACUGUUUGUCAGUCGCUUUCUCUCUCAGCAUCAUUGGGAAAUGAGCAAGAAGAGAGUGAUGCUCCCAUAAAGGCCACAAAUCAAAGAGAUGAUAUGGACGUAGUCACUGGCAGAAGAAAAGAACUAAACGGUCAUGCUGCAGAAGGGCAAUCAAUAAGUUGUAAUAAUAAGACUGAACAGAGGGACAGUCCUGAAGUUCCAUCCUCGCAAACUUUAAAUUGUUCAAAUCCAGAAUCAGUUAAAGCAUCUAGUAAUGUUGGCCAGGAUAAUUUGCAUCAUAUUGAAAGAUUUGCUGAUGGGAAGGGAUUCCCCACUGCCAAGUCUGAUAGUGAAAUUAUGGGGAGUGUGUUUGAUAAACGAGGGGAUUUGGGUUCUUCAGAAGCUUAUAAUGUUCCAGAAAUGCAUAAAUUAAAUCGUGAGGCAUCAUUCAGCCAUACUGACUUAAACAUGGAUUGUGCAGAUGACAAAAAAGUGAAGAAGAAAUCUAAUGAUGAAAAUGAAUUAAAGGCAUCUACUGACACUCCGUUUCCACAGCCUUUGGCUGUUCAUCAGAAAUUAGGUUGCACCAAUGCUGUAAAUAAUUUGUCCACCGGCAAAGUAUUACCACGGGUAUUGGAAGAAUUAAAAAAUGGACUUCAAGCUGACAAUAAUUUUGCCAACUCAUGCAAAAAUGAACAGAAAAUGGGUUAUUACAAAUCUCAGGCUUUUCCUGGUAAAUCUUUUUCCACAUACACUGCUUCAAAGAAGUUAACAUCUGCAACCUAUAGUAAAAAACCCCGAAGUUGGCAUCGAAAUGUAAAUUCUCCGUCUCCGGCUCCGGCUCCUGGAAAUAAGGUUUGUUUGAGCUUUAUUCCUCCCCAAGCAAAGUUACUUGGAGGAGAUGGAAUGCUUCAGAGUACUUCAUACAUUCGUAAAGGUAACAGCCUAGUUCGAAAGCCUUCUCCAGUUGCUGCUCGAGUUUUGGGGUCUCAUGAUUUGAGUUCAAGCUCAUUAGAUCAGCAUGAUUGCUGGCCUAGCAUAAAAUCUAAUAGUAAGGUUGAGGUCACUAAUCCUCCUUUCCAUUCUAAAGCAAGGGGAACUGAUGCUAAUGUUGAUAAGCCCUAUCCUCCUCAACUAUCUAGUGGGCCUGGGUCGCCUAAUUAUUCCAUUCCUAUGGGAGAUUGUGACCCAUCUCCUUGCCAUGAAACUGAAUCAUCUCUCAUGAAGUCUAAGCAUGUUAGUGAUCUGUCAAGGUUGGUUGGGGAUUCACUCAUUUUGUUAGCUCCUAAAACUCAGGUUGGUACUGCUGAUGAAAAAGAAAAUCUGACUGAAACAAGGAACAAGAAUUCUGUCUCUUUAGUUGUAAAAAAGAUGGUGUAUGUAAAGCGCAAGUCAAAUCAGUUGGUUGCAACUUCGAAUCCCUGUGAUUUAUCAACUAAGAACAUGGAGACGACUUGUUCCUUGGCCUCUGAUGGCUAUUACAAGAGGAAAAAGAAUCAGCUAAUCAGGGCCUCACCAGAAUGUCAGAUGAAACAGACUUCACUGCCCACUGAAGAUAUUUCAAACCCCGGAGCCAAAAGCUCUUAUGGAGAUGGAGAUGCUAGAAGUUUCAAUAAGAGGCAACAAUUUAAAGCUGUAGUGAAAACACAUGGGCCUUUGAAGUCCUCUUUGGUAUGGACACUUCGCAGUUCAGUUGCUGCAGGAAAUGGUGCUUGUAAUUUGCAGAACCAUAAGAUGGCUCCUCGUCUUUUUCCUUGGAAAAGAACAUAUUGGAAGACUUUCAAGCUUAAUGCUUCUACUCAGAGAAACAGUUCUUCCUCUAUAGUCAGAAAAUUGUUGCUGUUGAGGAAUAGGAACACAGUUUAUAAAAGAUCAAAACAUGGAUUUUCACUUCGAAAAUCCAAGGUACUAAGUGUUGGCAGGUCUAGUUUAAAGUGGUCAAAAUCCAUUGAAAAGCACUCAAAGAAAGCUAACGAGGAAGCUACAAGGGCAGUUGCUGAUGCAGAAAGGAAGAAAAGAGAACGUAAUUGGGAUGCAUCUGCUUCCACUGACACUCUGGGUGGAAGCCAAUUUUCUUAUGACCAAGCAUCUGGUUCUACUGCUCUCCAACCAAAAAAGAGCGCUAAGAAAUUUUAUAUUCCACGGAGACUAAUGAUUGGCAAUGAUGAAUAUGUUAAGAUCGGAAAUGGCAAUCAAUUGGUCAGAAAUCCAAAAAGAAGAGCACGCAUAUUGGCAAGUGAGAAAAUUCGAUGGAGUUUGCACACUGCAAGACAUCGUCUGGCUAAGAAGCGGAAGUACUGUCAAUUUUUCACAAGAUUUGGUAAAUGUAACAAAGAAGGUGGCAAGUGCCCUUAUAUUCAUGACACUUCCAAGAUUGCAGUCUGCACAAAAUUUCUUAACGGUUUAUGUUCUAAUGCAAGCUGCAAAUUGACUCAUAAGGUGAUUCCAGAAAGGAUGCCUGAUUGUUCAUACUUUUUACAGGGUUUAUGCAGCAGCAAAAAUUGUGCUUAUAGACAUGUAAAUGUGAACUCAAAGGCUCCUACUUGCGAGGCUUUUCUCAGGGGCUAUUGUGCUCUGGGCAACGAGUGCCGUAAGAAGCACAGUUAUGUGUGCCCCUUGUUCGAAGCAACGGGAACAUGUCCGGAUAGAUCGACAUGCAAACUUCACCAUCCUGAACGACAAACUAAAGGAAGGAAAAGGAAGCGAUCAGAAGGGAAGAAUAAUGAUCAAGGACGCUACUUCGGUUCUAUGAAUCAGGAUGUUUCUGGGUCUAGAAUGGUGGUGACUGAGAAACAGCAUCCUGUUAAAUCAAAUGACCCUUUUCUUGAAGGAGAUCUGACAGAUUAUAUUAGCCUUGAUCUCAGUAGUGAUGAAGAUAUUGUAGAAAGCCACGACUCAACAAGCCAGACUACGUCCUUUUAUCAAGGUUACCUCUCCGAGUUACUGUUAGACGAUCCUGACGAGUUAAUCAAACCGGUUAGGGUAAUGAAUGAGAAUCUGAGUGUGCAAUAGUUGGCAAACUGAGUUGAGUUGCUUGCUCCUUACUGUGAGCAAGGGUUGUAUCCAAUCUUUCACCAUUACGGUUUAACAGAGUGUAUACCUGCUGCUAAUAAUCUCUAACAGAACCACAGUUGUAGUUUUAGAUUAGUUUUUUUUUUUUUUUUGAAAGGUAUUGCAAUUAAAGUGUAGGGUGGAAAAAUCGAAUCUCAAACCUUGAGGUCGAUAAUAUGAACACUAUGCCAGUUGAGCUAUGCUCUUGUUGGCCUAGGUUAGUUUUUAGGUCUUUAGUUUUUUGUUUUUUUUUGUUUUUGUUUUUGUUUUUGUUUUUGUUUUUGUUUUUUUUUGUUUUUUCUUCUUCUUCUAGUUGCAGAAAUCUGGAUGAACUCCGUUUCUGCCAUUGCUGUAGAUGGACACUUUAAUUUGACGGGAAUGAAAUGAUUUUGUAUGAAAAGCUAC